AUGUAUUCAUUAUUCAAAACAUACGUUCUCCUCCUCCUCCUUCAAUUUUUUGUAUUUUCUGGAUUUGCUGGCCGCCGAGACCGCCUAGCUGGUGGCGCACACCGUAACAAACGUGUCAAAGAUGGUGGAGCCGAUUACACAAUGCCAGAAAUCUCGACCAAAUUCAGGGGAGAAUGGGUACUCGAUAACCCAAACGUGGGUGUGGGUGCCAUGCAACUCCAGUUGAUGCCUAACGAUCAGGUCGUUUGGUUUGAUACGACGUCACUUGGGCCAUCUGCUCGAAAAUUGGAGCCCCCAGGAAACUGCCCGCUUAACCCAGAUAUGAACAACAAGCCUGAUUGCUUUGCCCACGCUCUUGCAUACAACUGGAAAACCGGAACUAGUAGAACCAUUGUGUUGUCAGGUGAACCAUGGUGCUCGUCGGGAAAUUUAUGGCCUAAUGGUAAUCUUGUGGCUACCGGAGGUACCUUUACCGGUGUCAAAGCUGUAAGAAUGCUGCCUAAAGAUGAUCUGAAAGCAAACUUCAUCGAAAGGAGAAAUGUGCUUGCUGAUUAUCGAUGGUAUGCAUCUAACCAGGUUUUGGAAGAUGGGAGCGCAGUAUUGGUGGGGGGUCGGGACGCCUUCAGCAUUGAGGUCGUGCCACCAUCACUUAACUUUCAACCUAAGAAAAUCGACUUCCCGUUUCUCAAAGAAACAUGCACACCCCCGAAGGGGCCAAACAGAUUCAUCGAGAACAACUUAUACCCCUUUGUUUACUUACUUCCAGACGGAAAUAUAUUCCUUUUCGCCAAUGACAGGUCCAUGAACUUAAAUCCACGAACAGGACAGAUUUUUGUAGAGCAUCCAAUUCUUCCAGGUGGUGCUCGCAACUACCCUGCUUCGGGCAUGUCUGCUCUUCUUCCACUCAAGCUAGGUCCAGAUAACUUAAAUCCUCUAAACGUUGAGGUCGUUGUUUGUGGUGGCAACAAGCACACCGCAUUUGAAAUGGUUGAUGCAAAGCAUGUCAAAGACAAGGUGUUUGUACCUGCGUUACAAGAUUGUCAUAGAAUUCAUCCCAUGAAUAAAGGUGCAAAAUGGGAGAACGAACAAGAUAUGCCAACACCGAGGGUCAUGGGCGACCUUCUACACCUUCCCACAGGCGAUCUCCUCAUGAUCAAUGGUGCCAAAAAGGGUACUGCUGCAUGGGAUGAUGCCAUAGAUCCUAACUUUGCCCCGGUUUUAUAUACUCCAUUCAAGCGUAUGGGGAAAAGGUUUAAGGAAAUGAAACCUACAAAUAUCGCCAGGAUGUAUCAUUCCACCUCAGCGUUGUUGCCAGACACCAGGAUCUUGGUCGCUGGCAGUAACCCUAACCAAUUCUACACAUUCAAUGUCCCAUUCCCAACGGAGUUGAGGGUAGAGAAAUUUUCUCCUCAUUACUUAGAUCGUGCACUUGACAAGGAUAGGCCCACAAUCAUCGAACCCACUACUGAUAAGGUCUUAAAGUAUAGAGCACCCUUUAAGAUUACAGUUCAAUUUAAAAGUAACAUAGUAUUGCAACCAGGUGAGGCUAAGAUAACCUUGAUAUACCCACCGUUCACCACUCAUGGUUUCUCUCAAAAUCAGAGGUUGAUCGUUCCAACGAUAAAGGAGAUAAAUAAUAAUGUGAUAACUGCUCUUGCGCCACCAUGUGGAAAGAUUGCGCCUCCUGGGUACUAUAUGAUGUUUGUCAAUCGCCUUGGAGUUCCUGGACACGGUAUUUGGGUCCACAUUGACUAG